AUUGAUUAGCAAGGCUGAGGGCUGAGUGAAAAAAGUUUCCUGCUAGGAACAACAAGUCCGGCCUUCUACGAGCGAUCAAUUCACUUCCCCCGGACGAAAUUCGCACGGCCCGGGCUCGAACCGCUUCCUUCCGAGCGACAACUUGAAUGCGAGACCCUUCGGAGGCGGCGGGGGAGCGACUUUUGGGCGGCCAGAGCAGAAAAAGCGGCCCCAUCAUGUGCGGCGGAUUCACUUGUUCUAGAAAUGCCCUCACGGCCUUGAAUGUUAUUUACAUAGUCGUGGCCUUCGUGCUGAUCAGCGUCGCCGUCUAUGGAAGGGCCUCGUCCUUGGUCACCGACCUGCCAAUCGUCGGCGGCAUUUUGGCAUGCGGAAUCAUCCUGUUCAUUGUGUCAAUUGUGGGUCUCGUCGGAGCUCUGAAACACCACCAAGUCAUGCUUUUCUUCUACAUGCUUAUUCUGUUCAUGCUCUUCAUUGUCCAGUUUGCCGUCGCCUGUGCCUGCUUGGCUGUCAACACCGACCAGCAGAAGCAACUGGCUGAAACGGGUUGGACAACUGUGCCUAAUUCUGUGAAGUCCGACGUCCAAUCGACUUUCACCUGCUGCGGAUUCUAUUCUGACCAGGGCACCACAAGUGCCACAAACGGCAGUCUUGGACACCCAGCCUGCAAUGUCAAAAACAACAAGUGCUGUGUGAACGACAAGUGCGAUUGUCAGCCCUGUUUCGACAAAGUCGAGGCCAACAUAAACAAGGCAUUUAAAACUUGCGGAACGAUCGGGCUUGUUUUCAGUUUCACCGAGUUCUUGGGUGUAUGGCUAACUGUCCGCUAUAGGAACCAAAAAGACCCUCGUGCCAUCUCAAGCGCUUUCCUAUAGUAGGAGAGGCGUGGGAGUACUUGGAGUUGGUGGCCAUAUUCGUGGCAUGGAGAUACCGGAACCAGAGCAGAGGCCGACUACUUGAGACUGCAAGCACUCCCAUCUUCUCCCCAUACAGGCUGCACAGAGACUACGUAAUGUGACACACACGCUGAUCUCGCCUUGAUUUUGUUUCUCGUUUUAUCAGCAAAAUAUUCGACAAAGACUUAUUUUGACAUGAGCUACUUAACCAGUGCUAAGUAGACUGCGUGGGGCGUUACACGGAUAGUUUGUAGCAAGAUCAUGUGAUAAUAUCAUGUAAUUCUUUCAUUUGUGAUGAUGGCAAACAAUUAUUGUUGUAACAAGACCAUUCGAGCGGCUUCUAAUUUUACGCUUUUCGAUUCGAUCGACUUCUUCUUUAACUGGUAUAAAUAUAACAAGGAAAAUCAAAAGAAAAACUUUUCUUAAAAUUUGCUACUUUCAAGGUGCCAGAAAAAAAUAUUAUUUUAAACUCAAAACUCAGGUGCUUGUUUUGCUCUACUUUCAAAAUUGCCAUCUAUGCAUUUUGAUCAGUUGUAAUUAUUUAUUCCUAUUGGGAUUUU